AUUUAGGAAUGCUGUCGCCCAGCUUGGGAUUGUGCACAUUCACGCCACCGCUAGCUACAGACAUUCCUGUCCCUUGCCUUCUUUCUAUUGUCAUGUCUACGACUUCUCCCAAAGAAGAGCAUCGGAGUGGCUUGCCUCUCGUUCCGCGUCAAACAUCUCUGGAGAUAAUCCGCGAAAUGGAGGCUGCCUGCGCCGUCCGCGACCUUCCAAGAUUCAAGUCAAUUUUCGACACUUGGACUUCUCUCAAUCUAGAUAUACAUGAUCUCGACUCAGUGAUGAUCCAGGCUAUCAGACAGGAUCAGAAGGAUGUUGUUGCUGAAUUAUUGCAGCAGGGGUUGACAAUGAGCCAAGAUUAUGCUCUAGAAGCGAUAAGACAUAAAUCAAAGGACGUUCUUAACAUCCUACUACAACAUGGAUGGGAUAUCAACCAACCGACAAGCGAAUUGAGGCCCCCUGCGCUCGGUUAUGCCGUUGACGACGACGAGAUGACUCUUUGGCUUCUUGAUCACGGAGCCGACCCGAACAAGCAGUGUUCUAUUGAUCUUACACCAUUGUCCUACGCGGUAGAACAAGCCUCGCUCCCCACCGUCAAACUGCUUCUGGACCGUGGAGGGGACGUUCACAAAGGGCAACUGCUUCACCAUGCUGUUGAACGUCGAAUGGAUACCAUCGAGGUGCUGGAUAUGCUACUCAAGAGAGGUGCUCCUUUGAAUUCAAAGAUGUACGAGAAACACUAUUCUUCAUGGAGACUAUACUAUUUUAUGGGCUUGGGAACCGCUUUACAUAAGGCAGCGGAGUUAGGCAAGGCGGAUGUUGUGCGCUAUCUGAUCGAUCAAGGUGCGGACGUUGGUAUCAAAGAUGCCACGAACCGAAGUGCGAUGGACUGGGCUGCAUUGAACAACCAUCAAGAGAUCGUGGAGCUGCUUCAGUCAGUGGAGAGAAGACACCGUCUAUGAUUAACACUAUCGACGAAGGCUGGACACCACUGAGGUGAUCUGAACUUGAUUAAACAUAACAUCUUCACGUUUAGAGUAUGAAGUUUUGAUGGACAGUCUACGAAUUUGCCUCAGCACAGGGUUCUUGUAGUUGCUUGCCUACGUGUGUUCAGUCCGACAAGUAGCGUGCUCGGUGAAAGAGGUUCCUAAGGUAAAGCGUUACCGUAACCUCCCCAUUGAGUUAGAGAGAACAACAAAUGCAAGACUUUCUAAUGGAAGAAAUUACUGGCCACUACAGCGGCUCUCUCGUCAUAAUGGAAAAAUAAAUCAUAUCCCGACAAUGACAUGGUCCGAGGAAAGUCAGGCAUAAGGAUUGCUGCCUAAACCCCAACCAGAAAUAGAGACAUGGAGAAAUCUCUAAUUAGUCAGCCACUCGCAGACCUAAGGAAUAUGGGAAGAUGCUCCGGAAGUCGAGCCAGUGACUGAUGCAAGUGGUCGAAUCCUUCCCAAUCUGGGAGUGGAGACCGGGUGCCACCCUUCGCGGCCGGCGCCGGAGGCAAACCAAGGCAGACGAGGCAUUUCUCGGUCUGCAUCAGUGGCGACCGUCAUGGAACAGAGAGGUGGGUAAGCAGUCAGAGAAGGCAAAGAAGGCCCAAAAAGUUUACCACCGCCAGAGUUCAAGCAACCGCAUUUCCAAGUGAAAAUGACAGACUCGGGCUCGCCGACAAAGCAAGACAUCACCUAAAGCUGUAUACCAUGAAUUCAACGUCAGCGGAGAAUGGCUUAAGACUGGGAGACUGAACCCACCGAAUGAGCCCGUUGGCAUGUCGGCGACUCCGUACAGGCCAGGCAACGGGAAAUGAAAGGAGGACGGCAGCCAGGGUGCUUUACCCAAUCUGCGCAAUCGUCGGAUAACGCGGCAUGCAGGGAAAGGGGCAGUGAACAGCCGGGCGAAAUGGGAGGGGUAAAUUGAGA